AGGGGAAGGGCGCGCCAGUCUCGCUCGGGGUGUCGUCCGGGCGGCCCUUCGCGAGAAUCUGCCGGACCUUCCGCGACCCGCCGAGAUGCCCCCUCCGUGGUCGCUGCUGAUCCUGGCGCUGAGCGCCCCGCUGGCAGGUGGCUUCGUCCUGCACCUGGAGACGGACUGCCUCCUCUCGGCCGACGGCGGCCUCCUCCAGCCCAGCUGGACGCUCUUCUUCAACAAGAUGCCCUUCACCUGCUUCGACUUCCAGGCGAAGGGCUUCGUGCCCUGCGGCCUGGGCGCCUCCCCGCUCUGGGGUUACUACUUGGGGUUCCCCGUCGCCAAUUGGCUCACCAACACCUCCCUGCAGCUGCCCGAGGACACCACCCAGCAGUGCCAGCUGCGGGGCCAGGCGCUCUGGGCACAGACCGGGGACAGGCGGACUGCACCGAAGGUCCUCAUCUCCCCGGUUACCCCCCAGAACACUCCGGACCCCAUCAUGCUGGCCUGCAUGGUGUGGGGCUUCUACCCAGGAGACGUCAACAUCACCUGGCUUUGGAACGGGGAGCCUGUGAAGGACCGCCUGGAGCCCCCGCGGGUCACCAGUAACGGGGACUGGAGCUACCAGGCGCAGCUGACGCUGCCAGUUGACCCCCAGAAGGGGGGCAGCUACACUUGCUCCGUCCACCACUCCAGCCUGAAGGCACCCCUCACCGCAGAAUGGGCCCCAGGCUUCCCCUCGGAGCUGGGGAUCAAGGUUGGGGUCUCGGUUGCCGUGCUGGUGGUGGGGAUGGUCUUCCUGGCAGUCGGCCUGGUCUUCUGGAAGCGGUCAAGGAUUCAAGGGUACUACCCCUUGGAAGGCGACAACUACCCCCAUGAAGGUCGGUAGCCUUGGGACUCCCCCCCCCCCGCAGCUCAGCAGCCCCCUCCCUUCCGAGGCAGCUUUAUCCUGGGGGGAGGGUCUCCAAGAGGCCCCUCCCUCUCUGUGGAGGCCUUGGUGCACCCCGAGCGGCCACAGAAUGAGGAUCCAGGCCCCCCCUGGAGACUCCUCCACCCCCAUGCUUGUUAGAUGUCGGGGUGCAGCCCCCCCCCAAUCUUUCCUGCACACUGGCUUUGUCUCCCCCAGGGCGGGGGCCCGAGAAAUAAAAAGAUGGCUUCCACCCA